UAGUAGAGAAUACUAAAGCUAAGUAUAGUAACGUAAACCCCCAGCACCCGGGCCAACCCAGCACCUGGGCCAUUUCUUGCCAAGACCACAACUAUUAAUAUUAACACGUAAUGCCUCACUAACAAGAUGCGUAAUUAUCUAAAUAAGAGGGUAGAAUUAAUCUUACCCUUUCUACUUUCUAAUUAUAUAAAUUUAAAAGCCUCUAAAGUGCUGCUUAGGCAUUUAACAUACUGCGUACAACCUUAAGUGCUAGGUAUAGAGGCAGACUCUAUAUUAACAAUAGACGCAACACACAAUAUAAGCUCACGCGCACUAAAGAGCAAAUAAUUGUACAAUAUAUUCUUAACCUCAAUUCACAAGGAUUUGCGCCCUAGCUGUGCGAGGUGGUAGAUAUGGCCAACAAACUGUUAGGUGUACGCGCUACGCUCAAGAUAGCCUUCAAUCAAGCUAAAGAUAGGCAGAGGAUGCUGCAGGAGGAUCUAGAGACAAUCAGCGCGUGGUUUAAGCUAGUAGAGGACACAAAAGCUAAAUACAGCCUCGUUCAGCUAGGUGAUCGCGAGUGGGUAACAGUUAUCCAGAGCGUCUGCGCUGCUGGAUCUUGUACCCUACCUUUCAUCAUCUACAAAGGACGCGUUCACAUCUCUGCCUGGUACAAGGAGGCAGAUAUACCACGCAAUUGGAAGCUCUCUGUCUCCGAGAGCGGCUGGACGAACAACGCGCUCGGCCUUGAGUGGCUGAAGCACUUUGACGCGCAUACAAAGGCGAGCUAGGUGGGGGCGUACAGGCUGCUUAUUUUAGACGGCCAUGAGAGCCACCUUAACCAGGAUUUUAAGGACUACUGCCUUAAAAACAUAAUCCUUACCCUCUGUAUGCCACCUUACUUAUCACACAUCCUCUAGCUGCUUAAUAUAGUCUGCUUCUUGCUAUUAAAGCGUAAGUACUCUUAGCGCGUACAAGACUUAGCACGUAAGCACGUCUUCUACAUUAACAAAGAAGGCUUCCUCCCUACCUUUAAGGAUGUGUUUUUUAAUGUGUUUAUAGCAGAGAACUAUUACAAGGCCUUUAAGGCAGCAGGGCUAGUCCCUCUUAACGCGCAGGUUAUGUUAGAUCGCCUUAAAGUGCGCCUGCGUACCCUGCUAGAACCCCUCCUCCUAGAGACGCUGUGGCAGUUAAAGACUCUAAGCAAUACCUACAAGUUU